AUCUAAAGAGCGGCCAGAAAUACUCCAAGUGCCAUGGAAGAAGGGCUGAAGAAGAGUGAUCACAGCGCAGAAACGGCGGCCCUGAUCCCGAAGGCACGCGCUCAAGCAGCGUCGGGUGACCUCGCUGGCGCAAUCGAAGCGCUCCUCGCAUUGGAGAAGUUGAGUCGACUGCACAACGACUUGGCGUCGCUCACGACGUUGGUUGUGGAAGUGUUGACCCUCUUGCACACCCACAAGCAAUUCACGUUGCUCAUCGAGCAUGUAACGCUUCUGUGCAAACGUCGCGCUCAGAAGAGUCAAGCAAUUGGGAAGAUCGUGACGACUGCUAUUGCGUUCAUCGACGACGCCCCCACCGAAGAACUGCGAGUACAGCUGAUCCAAGCUCUGCGCACGGUGGCGGACGGUCGCAUCUUCUUGGAGAAGGAGCGCGCACAGCUGACGCAAUGGUUGAGUCAAAUCAAGGAAAAGAACGGGUUGAUCAGCGAAGCUGCGGACAUUCUUCAGGAAGUGCACGUCGAAACAUACGGCGCGAUGACCAAGUUGGAGAAAGCCGAAUUCAUCUUGGAGCAGGUGCGUCUGACGCUAGCGAAGAAGGAUUAUGUGCGCGCGUACAUUUUGAGCAAGAAGAUUCUUCGUCGCGUUCUCGAGGAAGACAACUUUGAAGCCGUGAAAAUCAAGUUUUACAAGCUCAUGAUCGAGUACGACACACACGAGAACAAUCCGCUGGAGCUGUGCCGCCACUACCAGUCGAUCUUUAACACCAAGACGCUCACGGUCGAGGAAAAGCACGAUGCGCUCAAGCAUGCGAUGCUGUUUGCCAUCAUUUCGCCGCACUCGAACUUGCAACAGGACAUGUUGCACCGCCUUGCUCGGGAGCCACUUCGUUUGGACUUGCCUGCGUUUGCAACGUUGAUGAAGUUGUUUACGACCAAGGAAAUUAUUCCGUUCCCGUUGCCGAUUCCAGGCUGGGACUUGGAGAAGAGCAGUUCGAUCUUUCAGCAUACCGUCUUGGGCGCGCAGUGGCUGCAGGACGUACACACGCGCACGACCGAGCACAACAUCCGCGUUGUGUCGGAACACUACCAGCGCAUUCGAUUGCCGCACCUGGCCGAGAUUAUUGGGCUGUCGGAAGAGAUGACGGAAACGCGCAUCUCGUCGUUGGUCAGCAGCGGGUCAGUCUAUGCCAAAAUUGACCGUCCGGCCAAAAUCGUCUCGUUUCACAAGAUGCAAAGCCCAGAAGAAUUGCUCACAAACUGGUCGAGUGACAUUUCCGAAUUGCUGCGCCUCGUAGAGACCACCUGCCACCUCAUCAACAAAGAAAACAUGGUCCACAAAGUAUAAGCGCCGCCCGUCCCCCCGAGGACAAGACGAACGGUCCAGCUACACUCCACAGCUUUUCGAUAACGACUGAAUGGGCAUCUUACAUAAUGUAGCGCGUUGGGUGUCCGCUCCAGCGCGAGUGCUAUUUCUGAGGCAAAACUUUUAUUGAGCAAUGCGUCUGUGCGACGAUGUAAACGUCGAAGAGGC